AUGGUACACCUUGUGGCUGUACCAGAGACAAUCACGGCAAGUGGCUGUGCUUGUGUCUUUAUUGACACCAUCUUCCGACUUCAUGGGUUGCCCCGUGAACUCGUAUCAGACAGAGAUCCACGAUUCACUGCUGAUUUCUGGCGUUCCGUGUUCAAAUCACUCGGAACGCGCUUGAAGAUGUCAACAUCUGAUCAUCCAGAGUCAGAUGGUCAGACGGAACGUGCCAAUCGUGUCCUUGAAGAGAUACUUCGAGGAUACGUACACUCCUUUAAGAGUUGGAGUGAGUUUUUGCCAAUGGUAGAGUUUGCCAUUAACAACUCGGUGCAUGCGUCCACGACACAUACACCGUUUUACGUGAAUGGCUUGCGCCAUCCGCGUGUACCCACCUUACUAGAGUGUAACUCUGGUUUAAGGGGGGAGGGACUCGCGCGAGCAAAAACCGAUUUGGUUCACGCUCAUCACGCUCUGACGAAGAAGUCAUUGCGUUUGAUGCCGAUAUCGAUAACAUCGAUAUCGAAGAAGAUGAUGCCAGUGAGAGUGCGGGAAGCCCUCACUGAAGAAGAUGAUCCCAGUGAGAGUGCGGAAGCCCUCACUGAAGAAGAGAAGAGAUUGAUGUUGCUGCAGUGCGCUCACAGCGCACUGAAGCUAACGAGUCAUCAGAUGAGUUCAUACUGGCUCGUGAAACGGUAG